GCAGACCGUGAGAUCGCGUGUGCGUGGAGCGAGAGAAAGUGGAAAAGGAUUCACCGAUUCUUCCAACGUUCGCUUCAGUUCGAUCGCUGACGUGGAGUGAUUGUGGUUAUCCUAUUAGAUCGUAACGAAGAAUGAUCGUCGUCGGCCUGUGAUAGUUCUCACGUGAAGUGAAGUGACACUGUUGUAUAGGGAAAUUAGCAACACCACCCCGGGGCCAACAGUAUGAGUUCACAAAGGACACUCUGGCUGGUGGCCGUCUGGUGCGCUCUGUUAUUCGCCGGGAUCGAUCGCGCACGCGGUAACUUCAUUACGUACGUCGACGAUUCCGGGGAGAAUCUGCCCGACGACUACGUGAUCGAUGAGCAGCACCGGCCGAAGAAGGAAAGGCUGGAGGACUACAACGAAGCCCUCGAUCGGUUGAUCUCGAAGGCGUUAAAUCAAACGGAACCAACGCAGCCCAGCGGUGCGUCGGGCCGGUCCUUGGGACCCGCGGCGCCGAUUGUGGCGAGUUCGGCCGAACAGAGCAUAGCUUGCAUAGGCAGCCGCAAGCCGCUGGACGUCAAGCGCACGAGCAAGCUGACGGUGCGCAAGUGUUGCCCGAAGGGCCAAUCGUUUCACCGCCUGAGCAUCACCACCUGCCAUCCGAUGGAUCCUUUCGGUACGCAGGGGACUCACUUUUCGUUGCUGGCCCGCCAGCUGGACUACUACGGCCCGGGUUGCCACGAGUACGGCAAGUACCUGAGGUACAACAUCACGAUCGACAAGAAAUGCGUCGGUCAGCGGUUGAUCUUCAACGAUCGGGGCACGCAGAUGUUGCUGAUCCAGAACGGUUCGCUGGUCGUCACGCGCGGUGACCGUAUCGAGUUCUACGACGAUUUCUGCGUGGAAGAGUCGGGCAAUAUGGUGCUGGCGGCACACAUCUGCGAGCCGGAAUCCGAACCCGAUCUCUUCUCCGGCUGGCUGGGCACGGCGAUGAUCGCGCUGGCGUUGAUCGCUUCGGCCGUCACCGUGCUGGCGUACCUGUUCGACCGUACGCUUCCCCAUCGGUACGGACCGCUGAUCGGGAGUCACGCAGGACUGCUGGCCGCCGCUAUCCUGCUGGAACUCUUUCUAGUCGCACUUGAGCAAGGUGAAUAUCGGCCAAUCGUGGAGGUGUUGAUCGAAAUGUCGUACGCCAUCUUCGUGCUGUUUUGCUCGAUAUUGUUCUUCUCGUCGGCCACCGGGACCACCAGCAUCAACUAUCGGCUCCUGCUGGUGGCGGUGUUUUUAAUCUCCUCCUGCUCGCUCGUUGCCAUGGCCUUGACGUUCUAUUUCGAAAGUGUCCUGUUUUUGGCCGUGCUCACCAGCCUGUCGGUGGCCUUGAUCGUCAGCGGGGCGAACGUUUACUCGUCCUUCGGCCGUAACCAUCUCGGGUUCAACAGCAACGAAAAUCCGUUCGAAAUGAUCAACGAAGGGAGUACCGCCAAGAGAAUCGGUCAGCGAAGGGAGCUAACGAUCGUGUCAACGUUCGCCUGUGCCACCCAGAUCAUCGUCUGGAUACCGUACUCGAUGGACAAGUACUCGCUGCUUUCGGUGCUCGCCUGGAACGCGAUCAUCGUGUGCGUCGUGUUCGUGGGAUUGAGGCGCCGUUCGAUCGGACUCUGCAACGUGGGCAAGCGGCUGAAGCACCAGCGAUCCGGUCCCGCCAACGGAAAUCCCUACGCGGAGCAGGUCGUUCCGCGCGAUACUCAGACGGUGAUCUCCCAGUUCCCGGACGAAGACGGGACGCCACCAGCGUACGGUGAUGGCGAGAACGAACUGCGUGUGGUGUAAAGUCUCGGACACUUCCAGCUGCCGAACCGCACUAUACUCCUCCUAGCUUCUUCACUUGUGGUCUGUUACCUCUUACGUACACCCUAUCGCCGCCAGCCAGGUUCGGAUAGAGGCAACGAUUCCGCUUUCGGUAGCGCAAUUCCUAGUGUAUUUUAUAACGUAAAACUCAAACACGAACCUUAGUUGUUAA